CCGUAUCCUCUAGGCCCAGGACCAGUACCACCAACGUCCUAAUCUUACGCCAUAAAUAAGGGCGUGAGACCGCCACAAACCAAACGGCGAGGAGUCAUACCCCGAGGAGGUUCGUGGGGGAUUCCCAAUCCAAGAAUAGAGUUUGGUUAGGAGGUAGAAACAGGAAAAACGAGAGGCGCAACCCAAAGCGAAAGAAGAGAAGGCAACCAACAUGCCAAACUUCUUCCCCUUCAUCCCGGGCACCGAAACUGGCCGCGCCGCCCGUCAACACGCAAGCGACGCCUCCCCCCUCCUCGGCCGUUUCCGGGCCAUGCCCACAUCCUCCCGCGCUCUUUCCCAACAACAGCAACAACAACAUCUCGGCCUACUCUCCGCAAACGGCGGACGCGGUAGCGUACACGUCGGCUACGGCGCGAUGCUAGUCGCAGCGGGCGACCUCUCGGAUUCAGGCGGAGACGAUGAAAGUGACGAAGACAACGAUGAUUAUGAUAACGACAAUAGUAAUAAUAAUAAUGGUAAUAGUAGUAAUACCGGCCGUAGGGGAUGCGCGUACGCGGCCAGGAGAACGGUAAGGACCUGGCGGCGGUUUAUAAGGGUUAUGCGCCGGAGCGUGAGGGACCUGUGGGUUGCGCCGCGGCAGACGGCCGUCAAACGCGUGGUUGAACGGUGGUGGAGUCGCUGGGCUGUCUUGGUUUUUCUGCCUGCUGCUUUGGCAGUAGCAUGGUGCGCUCUUCCAUUCCCGCAAUACCCCCUCCCACCCGACUCCCAUGGGCAUUCGAAACCGCAACACAAUGAUCCGCCUCCCGCGAAGCAUCGAGUACCCGGUCACGGUGAAGCGCGCGUACAGGUCAACUUCUGGUUCUUCUUAUUGGUGUACUACGGAUUCUAUAACCUAACAGCAUUGAUAUGGAUCACCAAAGUGUUCAACCUCUACUCUCUCAAUUGGUGGCCAUCGACCCUCGGUUUCCCGCUGACAGUCUCGUUGAUAGCCAUCAUAUCUCUUGCGGCGCCAAUUCCGAUAUACCUAAUACCGGAGGCGCGCUUCAUAACAAUCCACAAUACAGCUUGGAUCAGUUGGACGUUCGUCCUCAUGGCCAUGCCUGUAGCUAUUGCCUUCUGCAUUCUCAUGACGCACGAGCGCCAUCUAGGCCUGAGGCACUCGCUCAGCGAGACCCAACGAAUAUUCACUAGUUCGUGGUGGACAGGCAAGACAGAUACGCUGUCGGCUGGCCGAGACCGCAAUCGACGGAGGGGGAGAUUUAAUCGAGGUAUCGACUCCUUUGAUCCGGACGCUGCACUUCAGAUCACGGACCGGCCACGGGCAACUAUACCGGUAUUGAUGCAGCGGCGCCGGUGGCUACCUGCCAGCUUCGUACGCUUCGUCUGGUUCUGUCUCGCGCUCUCCGUUGGUCUGCUAGCCUACUUGGUAGGAGAGGCAUACGCCGAAAUCUAUCUAAGGACGUUACCGCAUAACAGUUUCGAAACAAUCGUCUACGUCUACAGCUGGGUCGUAACGGUCCAUUUGUUGGACGCGCUUACGGGUUGGAUUCUCGGCGCAACCGAAGGGGAGCGAGUAGGAAGCUAUCCUCUGAGCUGGAUCUUUAAGCUAUACUUCAUGUUGACGUACCAAACCUACGUUCGCGCCCUGUACGCGCGCCUCCGCUCACCCUCCCAGUUCAUCUGGCUUCAAGCCCUUUCAUCCGGGUUCCUUAUCGUCCUCACUCCGAUAACUAUGACGCAACCCUACCACCGCGUGCUCUCGAUGAUAGGGCUAACGACGCAGUCAUACGCUUCGUACCAGAAGAUCUGCACCAGAAAUGUAUUCAUUCGCUUCUUGGCUGAAAACGUGAGCAUGCUCACAUUCCUAGGGAGCAUCCUGGUGUUGCACUUCGGAGCCAACAAAGACGUGUAUCCAUACUUUGCCUUCGAUGAUCCCGACGAGCUGUACGAUUUCGAACUAACAUUUUACGCGUCCAUGGUUACUUGGGCCUGUGAGUUGGCUGCGGGCAUCGUGCUCAGGGGUAUGAUUCGGUGGAUCUUUGGGGUAAACGCUAGCGUCGAGGGGAAGAUGGACCUAGCAGUGUGGCCGGAGCUGCUUCCUACAAGUGUAGCCGUCAUGUUGCAUGUGUUGCAAAGCAUGCUGUUCUCCAUCAUCCGGUUGCAUUUUCGUUGAUAGGAUGAUGGAGGGACGAGGGAUCUCUGUCGAGUUGAUGUGGAUAGCCUGGAUUGGCGACCCAAAAGAUAUUUGCAGCUCGGUUAAGCGUAGCCAGCAAAAUGUUGCGCCUCAAUGUCCAAGGACGGGCGGAUCAAAUCUUAUCAGAUGUGUUAAAGGGAAUUGUUGGUGCUCGGUCGACGGGUAUUCUGGCUGUCAGGCAGCGGGCUACCUACAGGACCAUAGGCGUCUUGUUUGCUAUUUUUUUAGUUGCUGUUUAUCCGUUCUAUGCAAAGAUGCCCAAGGCGGAGUAGAUGAUACCCUUUUUAGAAUAAAUACCAAAGAAUAGAUAUCCCUUGACUGCUAAUCAAAUCUUGCUAUGGCUUGCGAGGAAGAUGGUGUGCAGUUGUGACGUGUAUUGAAAUGGAGAUGCAUAUGUGCCUCAUUACUUUGCACUGCUAGGAGAACUAGCGCGCGAUGCACGCGUCCCUAGGAUAAGAGUAGAGUAGCUUGCUGAGU